CAGACGAAAAACAACAAAAGCGUGACCGGCGGCACAAGUGACUCACUUUCCUACAGCGAGAAAUGAAACCUCAAAGUUAUAGCUAUCGCUUUCCUUUGUGUCCAGGUGUGAUGUUUUAAAAACGCCACCCUUUCGGUUUGAGUCAUGGAGAAAAUAAAAGAGGGCCUUCGAGGUGGAAGUGUUUUAAAUGACCUGUUUUUUUACACAAAAACAAGACAUGCCUGGUUUCUAAAACAUCUCCUUUUGAAAAUAUAUUGGUUUGUUUUUCUCUCGCCGGAAAGCGGCGAGGUUUUAUCGUGAGGCAGGUGUGUAAUGAUGUUUGGCUUCUGGAGCUGUAGGACUGAUCUCUGUUUGCGUUGUACCUUCUGCAAACAGUGUUGCGGAACCGCGGAUGUUUGAUCUCCACACACAGGAAUAAAGCCUUGCAGCAAAAGGAAGCCAUACCUCAGUACCUGUGGAAGAAUGAGCACAAGAUCUAAAGGGAGACUAAAGGGACUCAAACGUUUGUCCAUAUAGUGUAGAAGGUCAGAAGGCUCUAGCAGCUCUGGUUCACAGGUAUAUAUGAAUGUUUUUAUAAGUCACGUACCAGGUUAGCAAUCAGAUUUUAGAUGUUCUAUGUGAAAAAGAACGAUGUCCUCAGGAGCCACAAAGCAAUUUUUCGUGUUUUGUGUUUGCUUAUUGCUUACCUAGGGAUAAAAUACCCCACAAUGCACUUUGAAAAUUAGGAAAGAUGUCCCACUAGAUGUUUGGGUGGACUUGGGGAGAUUUGUUCUCACUAGGUUUAGAUGUUAUGACUGAUUGGUGUACAGUGGUGUAUAAAAUGAAAUCUACAGAAUUUACAAUGCACAAAAAUGUCCUUGCUCAGUGUUCUUCAAAACACCGUAUCUGGCAACCCCCUGGUCUGGUCUGACAGAUUGCUGUGCCUGCAGGCGUCAGUGUUGUAAUCCUUCAAAACACCGUAUCUGGCAACCCCCUGGUCUGGUCUGACAGAUUGCUGUGCCUGCAGGCGUCAGUGUUUUGAUCGAGGUUUUAACCUGAGCACUCAGUGAUUGGGCGAGGCUGAGAGCUUCCAAGUCCAGAACUUCAUCUCAUCUGUCAGUUCUGCGGGUGAAGGAGAAAAUCUGGAAUUCUUAGUAUCUUCAUAUCUGAUGGUUUUUUCCCCCUAUCCAUUCCGUCCACCUAGACCUGGAGCACCACUGGUUUCUCGGUAAACUUUGCGCGUGGCUUUCAUAAGGCGCACGCAGCGCAAAUGUACCGUGCGUGUGCGCCACCGCAGCCGUUUCGCGCCGCGCGCAAAACCGAGUGGCUCUGCGGCGCCCUGGCGCACCACUUCGGCUGCGAGACGGGAGCCGAGAACGAGAUCGUGGUGCUGGCCACGGGCAUCGACCAGUACCUCCAAGAGAUCUUCCACCACCUCGCCUACGCCAGCAGCGGCGACCUGGUGUCCGGACAGGACUUCAGGCUCCUCUGCGCGGUCCUCGGUGUGAGCGCGGGGGAGGAUGGAGCGGAGCGGGACCUGUGCGCCUCGCUCCCUCCGGCUCUCGGCUUUAGGGAGUUCCACUCGCGCCUUUGCGGCUUCUUCGCCGCCCGAGCCUGCGAUGCGCCGUCCUCUGUGCGCCUUCUGAUCAGCGAGGAAACGGAGCACGUGGAGCGCGAUAUCAGGGUGAGGUGGCCGCGGGUGCGGCGCAGAAAGUGCGUCAGCUUCGACCUGACCCGAGACCGGGGUGCAGACAGGACAGCGCGCGGCAGGAUGGACACCGGGAACGUGUGCGCACCAGAUCCAUCUGAACCAGGACGAAAAGCUCAGCAGAGAUCGUGGCAGGAGCAGGUGGAGAUGGAGAACGCCGGUCUGAGAGAGCUUGUGGAAGACCUGCGCUCAGCUCUUCAAAGCAGCGAUGCUCGGUGCAUGUGCCUCGAGGUGGCUUUGAGAAAGGAACGUCUGCACGCACCUGACAAAAGCUCUCCACAAACCACAGAAAGGCAAAUCAGCUUGGCUGGCUGCGAGCCCAAACUGGGACAAAGUAACCAAAACAGGCGCACAAAGGACCUUAUCAGAGAGCUGGAGCUGAUCCGUGCUUCACGUGACGGCCAGCUGGAGGAGGCCAUGAGGUUCAACCGAAGGCUGGAGGAGGAGCUUAUAUCGGCGUAUGUAGAGGUCAGCAGGCUGGAGGAAUUGGUCUCGAAGCUGAGAAGAGAGAGCGCUGAGAUCAAGAGGAGAGCCGAGGAGGCUAGAGCGGCUCUCGCUGCAGGCCUAGCAAGGGUCAAAGAUAUCCAGGACUGGGCGCAGAAGGUCAAGCCACUGCAGGAUAAAGUCCAAAACCUGGAGACGGAACUGGAAAGAUUUAGAUCGCAGUGCACCUGCAUGGCUCAACAUCAGAAAGGACCCGGACCUCCAGUCGAGUCCGUAGAACCUACAGCACGUGUGAUUCCCACUGGCCGAGACUCUCAAGACGAGACCCUCAUCAGAGGAGAGGAAGCCCUGCAGAGGGCGGUAGAGGGCCGAGCAUCUUCAGACGAGGAGGAGGAGGUGAGGGUGAAGGACGAAGGCCAAUGCUGUCUGUUGGAGGUCAAGAGACUUCUGAACAAACUUCACAACUGUGCAAAAGGAUGCCAGAAGAUGGCUUUGUGUCAUCUGCUCCUGUCACAGAACUCUUCAGGACUUUAUAACAAUCAGAUCGGCUUCACUGGACCUUCAGAGGCGAAGACGAGAGGACUGAGAAACCACAUGCUACUGGAUGGAAAUAAAACAGAUAGAAGAAUCUCACGGAAGACGCUGAGUAAAAUCCUGUUGAAAACACUCGAUCUGUGCAACGUGAAAGGUCAAGGUCAUGGAUGCACUUUGUCAGCAGCUCAUCUCCAGCGAUCUGGUGUGUGUAGACGGAGACGUUACAACAUGGCGAGGUGUGAACCCACAUCACCAAAACACCACAAAUCCUCUCCUCAUCUUCUACUGAAAGACUCGUCUACUUCAUCCCGGUUGCCAAGACUUAAUCACAAGCUCAAAUCCUUGCAUCUUUGAGAAGAUUUGUGAGUUUGUUUGGACAAAAGCAGCAGCCAUAUGAGUAAAUCAAAGUCUAUUUGUAUAAUUUGUAUCUUCUCAGUGUAUAAAAAUAAUAUGUAAAAUUAAAAACAAUUGUUUCACUUCCAAA